AUGGCCUCGUUCGUCAAAUCCGGGAAAAAGAUUGUCGCAAUCGGACGCAACUACGUCCAACACGCCCAAGAACUCGGCAACUCGGUGCCCAAGCGCGAACCCAUCAUGUUCCUCAAGCCGACGUCGUCCUACACGACUCGCGAUGAGGUACACCUGCCACGAGGAAUCCUUGUUCAUCAUGAGGUCGAGCUUGGAUUGGUCAUGAAGGCUGGAAAAGACAUCACCCAAGAAAAUGCCCUCGAUUACGUUGCUGGGUUCGUACGAACGGCCGGUGGUGCAAGCUCAUGAAGGGAGGGACUGAUGUAUCCGAACUUGGUUUCAUCGCCCCCCAGGUAUGCACUUGCUAUCGACUAUACCGGACGGAACAUUCAAAACGAAGCUCAAUCCAAAGGCCUCCCGUUCGUUCACGUUGUGCCAAACUCUUCGCCAAGAGAUCCGAGGAAUCUGAUAUUUAGUCGCGAUCUCCGUCUACAGGUGGUCAGCGGCCAAGGGUUUCGACGAUGCAUGCCCCAUCGGCGAAUUCAUACCCAAGUCUAAAAUCAAAGAUCCCCACGCCGUCAAGAUCUGGCUAAAGGUGCGCGAGCAUGUUUCCAGUCCAUGUCUACGCAGAAUUACGCAGAAUUUACUGACCCGAGGAGCCGAGUUUACUUUCCAGAUCAACGGCGAAACAAAGCAAUCGGAUUCGACCGAGUUGAUGAUCUACAAGAUUCCUCGGCUGAUCGAGCACUGCUCCAGCAUUAUGAGUUUCGAGGACGGGGACUUGCUUUUGACAGGUGAGUCGACCCCGAAUUCUCCCAGCUCUCGGCGUCCGAAGUCUUCGAGCUGAUCUUGCCACGACAUGUCAUAGGAACACCCGCCGGAGUUGGACCAGUGAAAGAAGGCGAUGAGAUCGAAGCUGGUACGUCACAGGUACCGAAUGAGUGCUGCAGACUUGUAGCUUACUCCAAGUCCCCGACCCUUCGACGUCCAGGCCUGGUACAGGACGGAGAGCUCGUUUCCUCCAUCAAGCAUCUCGUCCGGACCCGCAAGGGAGGGUACCUCUUCAAGCCAGAAACCAAGUAG